UUUGCAGAUGAGAUCACCUCCUCCCCUCCCUGGAGCAGUAUUGAGUUCUCAGCUGGGAGAGUUGAAUUCUCCAGAGUGCCCGAUUCCUAAUUGCCUGUUGCCUGUUGUGAAGGUGUCCGUAGUGGUGUUUAUAGUAAGUGUGCUGGUGACAGGGGGCUUAUGUGUGUGGCAAGCAAAGAGGAUUUGCCGUGUGCACAAAAGGAUUAAGCGGGUUUGGACCCUUAUGAGAGAGGUACCUAGAUUUCUGGUGCAAUGCUGUGCAGAGGACGAAGUCAUGGAAGAGGAGAAAGAGGAUACACGUGAAACGCUGAGAAAGAACCUGAAUAUCAUAUUAAAAGAUCUGGAGAAAGGACAAACUUACCCGGUAUCCGGAUCUGUGCCGGAGUCGUCAGAUAGGAAACCCGAAAUCAAGAGCAUCCCCUUGGCUGGUGCUAAUUGUAACGGGAAUGGAGGCGUAGUCGUGAAAAAUCCAGGUUGUAAAGAUAUUUCCUCGGAGGGAGCUAGGACUGUGGAGAAACCGGUUCAGAAAGAUGCAGCUAGUCGUGGGGUUGGAGUGGGGACUGUGAAACAACCUCCCGGCAAGGCUAAGUCAGAGGUCAAAGAUAAAAUUUCCGUGGAGAAAACUGCUGUAGCCGUGGAGACUGCAGCUCCAGAAAGUACCGGUGCGGGGAUGGGUGGCUCGGCCGUGAGACAGCCUGUGUGUACAGAUAUUGUAGUGUCGGCAAAAUCAGCUCCUAUUGAGAAAGCUGCUGAUGUGGUAGAGAACCCGGUGACGGUGUAUGCUGCAAGUGGGCGUAAGGAUGUUGCAAGUGCUACCUGCUCCUCCAAUUCUGGUCUUGUCAUUGUUGCUGAAACGGGUGUUAAUUCUGCUGAUGCUGGAGUUGGAACUUCUGACGUUGGGACUGUGACAGAUGGGUCUUUUGAUGCUACGACUAAUGCGGGGACUGUGAUGGUUGGUUCUACUGAUACUGAUAUUGACACUGGAACUGGGACAGGUGGUCCUUCUGAUAAUGAGACUGAUGAUGGGACUGUGAUGGUUGGGACUUCUGAUGCAGAGACUGCGGUGCUCGAUUUACCAGGACCUGCUGCUGUGGGAGCAAGUUCUAGUCCCCAGGGUUCAGCAUCUGGCACAACUAGUGGGAAGGAUAAGAAGACUCCGAAGAAGAAGAGGCCUAAUGUAGACGAGCUGAGGAGAUCUACUCGACACAAAAAUCCAGGGUUGCACGGUUUAAAUUUUGAGAAAUGUGGGGGGCAAUAUUUAUUUGUUCUUAAAAGAAUUUUAGCAAUAGAAUGGCAAAUUGGGGAUUUAUUGUUUAAAACUUAUUCAUUUGGAAGUAAUUGGCUUAAAAAGUGAGUUAUACAAUCAUUAGAGUUUGAUGUAUAUUAAUUCAAAAGAAAGGUUGAGAAAAAGAGUCCCACUUACCAUAAAGAAGGGGGGAAAAAAGGGUGAAAUAAGAGACAGAAAAUUUAAACCCUGCAAAGAUAAAGAAUAAAAUAAGCCUAAAAUAUACGGAAUUCAGUUGAUUUAUACAAAAAUGUUUAUUCUGAAAUAAAGUUACUACCUACAG